AUGAUUCAAAAUGGGCCUGAUAGCUUACAAGUCGGGUGGAGGGUGGAUCCAUCUCUGUUUGGUGACGCACGUGCUCGACUAUUCAUAUAUACGAAUGCAGGUCAAUCUCAUUGUUUCAAUACAAAUUGUCCUGGAUUUGUGAUUGUGGACACAAAAAUACCUCUUGGUCAAGUAAUUGAAAAGGUCUCUAUACGUGGAGGGACAUCGGUUGCGAUGGAAAUCUACAUCUUGCAGGAUCUAGCUAAUGGAAACUGGUGGCUUGGAGUUGCAAAUACCAAUCUUGGAUUUUGGCCAAAGAGAAUACUUGGUGGCGGAUUAGCAAACUUAGCUUCACAUGCUGAAUGGGGAGGAGAGGCAUUUAGUCCACCGGGCACCCCGAAACCUGCAAUGGGGGGAGGUCAUUUUCUAAUUGAGGACACCAGAUAUGAUGCAUACUUCAGGAAUAUUGCACUUAAGAGUCCAAGUGGAGGGGAUAUAAAUCCUCAAACAUACGAGUUUACAAACAGUAGAAAACUGUAUGAAGUGAAAGAUGAAGGAUACCAGGGGGCUCUUUUUGGGCAUCUGGUACUAUAUGGGGGCCCUGGAGGUUCCUAG